UUAUAUUAUUAUGUUAUAUCACAGUCAUCAAUAUGUUUACUGUUAUUUAAUUUACCAUUGCUAGUUAGUUGUUAGUAGAUAGCUAAGCUGUGUACAUACUUCCCAGCUUUUAAUUAAUGUUUUCAAUGAGCUAAACAGUUUAUUUGUAUUAAGAAUUUGUACCCGAACGUUAGUGUUUUAUUUUGAAAAUCUUGAGGGGAAGUUCCUUGUAAUGACCAUGCUUGCUGAGAUUUCGCGUUUAUUUUGAACAACAGUUUGACGAUCUUAAAAUACUUCAUCUGUGCCGUUUUAGAGUUUUUGUCCCAAUAUAUUAAAAAGUAGCUCAGCAUCUCAAUGAGUUGAAUUAGACGAUUUAUCGGUUUGAUGCGAGGGUACUUCCUGGUCAGUGUCUGGGUGUUUUUUGCGUUGGAUUAUUGAAGCUAUUUGGCGAAAUGACGCGACCCGAUUACUUUAAAGUGCUCUUGCAGGUUUACAGAGAGGUCGCCCCUGUCGUCACCUGCGGCAUUCUCACAGUGCUCUUUUGCUCGUGCGUGUUGUUUGGCAUCCAAACGUACUUCAGUUUAACCCCGGGCGUCUUCAGCGUCGGUGCCACCGUGUUCCAGCGUGGACACCUCCACAGGCUCCUUCUGUUCCCCUUCUACCACCGAACCUUUGCGCAGCUGCUCCUGAACGCCACGGCGCUGGUGUUUCUCAGUGGCAGUUUGGAAAAGGGCGUCGGCACGGUCCGUUUUUUGCUCUUGGUCCUCCUGAUGUCGAUCACCACUGGCCUGUGGUACAGCUUCCUGGACCUGCUGCAGGGUGACGGCAGUCCCAGACACGUCGAGGGUUUGGUUCCCGUGGCCCUGGCGAGUGUGGCGUUAACUACCAUGCACACGAAGAUGACUAAAGCGUUCCUGUGUGGACUCAGCUUCCCCACCAUGGCUCUGCCCUGGGUGUUCCUCAUAAUCACCACUGCCAUCACUCCUCACAGCGUGCUCCCCUGUAACAUCAUCAGCAUCCUCAUUGGAUGGAUGUAUGGGAAGGGAUGGUUCGGCCGUGUGGACAUCUCUGAAGCCAGGGCUGGAGUUUUAGAGAAGACGAUGCCCUUUAGGAUUUUAAGGAGGAUCAGUGGUUCUAGGUUUGUCCCUGCUUCCACGGAGGAGAGGAGGACGACGCUACUUCCACAAAUCAAUCCGACACCUGGGUCCUACCCAGUCCAGGCGUAUGCUCCGUUGUCCAGCAUUAACACUGCACCCACUGCAGCAAUGGUGUAUGAAGGCUGGCCAAAUUCAACCAGUGCUCUGUCUGGUCCCACACCACCUCUCUACCCUCACGGACAUGGGCCAGGACAUAGUUUUGGGCAGAGCCAUGACCAUAUCUGUAACCACAGCCACCAUACUCACAGUCAUGGUGCACUUUAAGCCCUUGCUUUACAAAACAGAUUUUUAUUACUUUAGUUCUGCAUGUUUUUCCACCACAUCUGCAGUAGCAUGUUUUCUCAUUGACUUGUGUGAAACAUAUUGUCAAAUACACUGGUAACGAAUUUUGGGCUUGUGUAUAACCAAGUGCUUUUACUCUGAAUGUUUACAUGUUACAAGUGACUUUUGUAUAUUUCAAUUGUAUACCCUAUAUUUUAUAUAUAAUUUGU